AUGGCAGACGAUGAUGACUAUCAAGACAUGGACAAUGAAGAUUUUGUUGAUGAUGAUGUAGAAGAUGUAGAUUUGGAACAAGGAGAAGAUGAACAGGACGACCAUCGCAUUGAUAUCAUUAGCGUACGUUUUUUUUUCUCAUAUUUGAAGAGUACACAUUUCUCAAAAAGGCCUGCAGAGAAAGGCACGGCAUCAACAGAUCGCGUGACGACACCAUUUAUGACGAAGUACGAGCGUGCAAGGGUUUUGGGAACACGUGCGCUGCAAAUUGCUAUGGGAGCACCAGUGAUGGUGGAAUUGGAAGGAGAAACUGACCCAUUGGAAAUCGCUCGCAAAGAGCUCAAGCAUCGCCGAAUUCCGAUCAUCGUUCGCCGUUAUCUACCCGACGGCUCAUUUGAAGAUUGGUCCGUUGAUCAGCUUCAUGUUACGGACUGGUAACU